UUUCUCGGGAUUUACACCCUCCCCGUCGCUGUAUCGCGCUGACAGCCAGCCUCAACACCGAUCCACACAUCACCGUGCGCCCGUCGUCGCUCACAUCAUCAGCGGUGCUGCACGGGAUACUCCGGGUUGUACUAUUCCUGUGGUAGCGGUGGUAGGUCGGCCCGUUAUUUACUCUGGCUUCUAGAGAAGUGUCAUCUUUAUCUCCCGUGACAGCCUCACCGUGGACACCAAAGACUGACAGCAUCUGUGGGCGCUACGAUGGAUGCUUCAAGUGCGCUCUCGUGAUCUACGCUCACCGGCUCGGUGGGGUCGUUUCAGCUUCCGUUUCAAACGGAAAGGAUAGAUUAUAUGCACAGCUCCUGCCUGUACGCGCAGUGAACGGGUAAAGAUGGGGAGCACGACCUCUUGCUGCGUGUCUGGGAGCCCCAAGCUCCGCAGAAAUGCCCACUCGAGGCUGGAGUCGUACCACCAGGAGUCGGAUAUGAGUAGGGAGGAGACGGGAUGCAACCUGCAGCACAUCAGCGACAGGGAGAACGUUGACGAGUUGAACAUGGAGUACAAUCCAUCAGACCAUCCACGGGCGAGCACAAUAUUCCUCAGCAAAUCACAGAAUGACGAGGUAGCAUACAGGACUGUGCGGGAGAAAAGAAAGAGUCUCUUCAUCAAUAAUCACGGAACUUUGAGGCGCAAAUACAGCUCCUGCUCCACCAUCUUCCUGGAUGACAACACAGUCAGCCAGCCCAACCUCAAAUACACCAUCAAAUGUGUAGCAUUGGCAAUAUACUACCAUAUAAAAAACAGAGAUGCAGACGGUGGGACGCUAUUAGAUAUCUUUGAUGAGAGGCUUCACCCUCUCUCGAAAUCAGAGGUUCCACCGGACUACAAUCAACACGAUCCGGAGCAGAAGCAGAUUUACCGUUUUGUCAGGACACUGUUCAGUGCUGCUCAGCUCACUGCUGAGUGUGCAAUUGUCACACUGGUUUAUCUGGAGAGGCUCCUGACCUAUGCAGAGAUUGACAUCUGUCCAGGAAACUGGAAGAGGAUCGUUCUGGGUGCUAUCCUGCUGGCUUCCAAAGUCUGGGAUGAUCAAGCUGUCUGGAAUGUCGACUACUGUCAGAUUCUCAAGGACAUCACAGUAGAGGACAUGAACGAAUUGGAGCGACAGUUUCUGGAGCUGCUGCAGUUCAACAUCAACGUGCCGUCCAGCGUCUACGCCAAGUACUACUUUGACCUGCGAUCUCUCUCAGAGUCGAACAACCUCAGCUUCCCCCUGGAGCCGCUCAGCAGGGAGAAAGCUCAAAAACUGGAGGCCAUCUCCAGGCUAUGUGAUGACAAGUACAAAGACGUGCGGAAAGCUGCCAGGAAGCGCUCGGCGAGCAUGGACAAUCUAUGCGGGAUCCGAUGGGUUCCUGCAAUCCUCUCUUAACCACUAAUAUGCUGUCAUAUAGUGAAGAGUGACAUCGUGCUACAGACGCUGCCUGAAGGAGAAAACGUGUGUUUGUGCUCAGUGGAAGUGUGUCAGUGUGCAUGGACCCAGGAUGCAAAGCUACAUUCUGGAACAGCGAGUGUAACCUGGCACCAUCCAAUGGACCUGGAGUCAAGAAUCGCAAACUACAGUUUAAGCGAACAAGACGUGUUUCUACUUUAACUUAAUGCCUUCAUAGUGCCUCGAUAUUUUUGUACUGUGAGAGGGAAGGGAGUUACUGGUUGCCACGUCAACCAUUCAAAGACAUUCGGAGACAACUCUAGUUUUGGAGUAUAAAGGAAAUCCAGGACAAGACAAAGGUCUGAAACUUUUGAGGACAUGGCAUUGUCAACCUGUCUCAGUGUAAAAAGUCUCAGUUCGGCUUUCUGGUUUUGUCCAGACAAAUCUCUCGGUUUUAACUAGCUUCAGAGAUUCUAAAUAACCUGUCUUUCAGAUAACCCUGCGUAUUAUUUAUUUAUUUUCUAAGUACUUUUCAAAAUUUUCAACUGUGUUUGGCAAUUAGUAGUGUAGCACAGGACUUUCUACUGGUUAUUUAUUUCUUUGAUGGGAGUAAGAAUAAUAAAGAUUUCUUCUCUGGAAAUAUUCAAGGUUUACAGUUCUAGUGUACUUCUUUAUGCUCAGGUAGUCUGGUUGAUAUGUCGAUUGACUGUAAUGCUCCUCAUUUCAGUUAUUGGGAGGAUAAAUGAGAUUAGAUAAUGAAAUAAACACCAUAGAAAGAAAGGGCUAGAAUACAUUUAAAGUAUCCCUAUAGAUGUAUCAGUAUAGCAAAAAUCACCAGGUUUUCCUUCAGUAGCAUGACUCCACCAAUUCAAAAGCAGGAGACAGCACGACCCUCUGCUGACAUCUAGUGGUCAUUUGAGGUGUUGCAGAAAAAGGCUGCCAGUCCAGGGUAGGACUGGACGAAGUUACAUGUUACCUUACGUGUUAACAUUACUUCGAAAAAGUAUCUGCAACACAUGUUUCAGAGAAAAUUUUUCCUAUCAUCCCAAAUAAUCCACAUUUCUUGCAGUGAACCGUCUUUAUAGACGUUAUAGUCAAAUUAUACACAGUAAUUUUUGUUACUGGCUGAAUGGGAAAAAAAAGAGAAAAGAUAGGUGAAAAGAUGGAAAGUUGUUUUGUACUGAACAUUUAUUUAACAAAACAAUAUCCAUUUACUGUCAAACUCAAAUGUGCUGUUGCUACUUAACAAAAUGUUUUAUAGUCAAGUAAAAUUUAAUGUCUAACUUCAAACAAAGAGAAUGACAUAACUGGUCUGACAAGUGCACUGACCACUGGAUGCUGAUCUAUUGCAGAUGUGAGGAGGCUACCCAACAUUCCUAUGUUUAUAUAUGUUCAGUAUUAUAGCAUUACUGACUGUAUAUAUCACAUUUACUGUUCAUCUGGAAAAUCUGGUAAAAAGCCCCGGUCUCAUGAGCUUCAUGCUCAGUGUAUCCUACCCUGGCUACUGUCUUUAUUACAGUAUUAACAUGUUCUUGGAUGGAUGCUUGAAGGACUUGCUGACAUGUCUGGGUUAAAGGGUUUCUGUUUUGCAACUUCUCAAACCCUGUGAAACCCAAAGUUCCUCAAAUAUAGGGGUAAGC